UACUAAUGCGGAAUUUAAAAAGCUAUAGUCGCUGUAAAGAGGACGGGACACGAUUGGGGGCGUGGCAGUAGGCGGGACCCUUUUUUCUUUACCAAUGAUAUUACUCGAUACGCUAAAUGGCAGCGUUUUGACCCAAUGGAAUGUCUGGUGGGCGGUGAUCUUUACUGUCUCCGCCUUUAGCACCGCAGAUACCGCGUGUGGGGCUUUAAACUUUAAUAUCGUAGCUGAGAGUAGCGGCGGUCUCUGUGAUUUCCUUUCCUUCAGGUUUUUCUUCUAGGAUUUACACGGUCCGCACCGGAGACAUCAUGGGGAGAGGUAAGAAAAUGUCCAAGCCCAGUGAAGGAAGAAGUGGGGACGCACCGGAAAGCUGUCGAACCGGGGGAACCAAUGAGAACAACCCGAAAAUGAACGGGCAGGAUCUGGGACAUGGAGGGCAGUCAAAAAUCUACUCUUAUAUGAGCCCUACCAAAAUUAUCAGUGCAAGAGCUCCUCUUCAGGAAGAAAACUCGGUGACACAUGAGGGCAAAUAUCUGGCCAAAGCAUCUGUAGAUGUGCACAAGAAAGCAGAUGCUGAGAAAAUAAAACUUGCUGCCACAUCAGAAGUGGUGAAAGGCAUUGAACGCAAACAGAACGAGUGUAAUUCCACAGAAGCUAGUCCCGAACAAAAACAGUCAGUCACGGAGUCCCAUAAAAAAUCAUUGCCACCACUUGCUGCCAAGACGGAGCCUAAGAAGAUGGUGAAGACAAAAUCUAACAGAAGGAAGGUUUAUGGAACAAAAUCUCCAAACAGAAAAGUUACAGAUUAUUUCCCUGUCCGACGAAGCUGCAGAAAAAGCAAAAAAGAGCUGGAGGUAGAAGAAAAGAAGAGAAUAGAUGACCUUAUUCUAAAUGGCAUAGAACAUGGGAUGAAGAUCGAUAUGAUUACGGGCAAAGGGAGAGGGGUGUUUGCAACUAGGAACUUCCAUCGUGGCGAAUUUGUGGUGGAAUACCAUGGAGACCUCAUAGAGACAACAGAUGCAAAAAGGCGAGAGGCGUUAUAUGCUCAGGAUUCUUCCACUGGCUGCUACAUGUACUAUUUUCAGUAUCUGAAUAAAACUUACUGUGUUGACGCUACAAAAGAAACCAACCGUCUAGGGAGACUGAUAAAUCAUAGCAAGAAUGGAAAUUGCCUUACAAAAUUACAUGAUAUCAACAAUGUACCUCACCUUAUAUUGAUCGCAGCAAGGGACAUAAAGGCAGGAGAAGAACUGUUGUAUGACUAUGGAGAUCGAAGCAGGUCUUCCAUUGAAGCGCAUCCAUGGCUGAAGAACUGA